AUGCAGCCUAAACCUCAAACCCGGCCACGCUCAUCAAGGCACGUGCAGGGACAAAAUAUGGUCUUUCGAAUCCCAAACUACAAAGCAAAGAAUUCCCUAGCGUGCGGAUCCGAACAGUCGGAACAGGUCUAUCAUUCCCGCCGGUCUCAUCGGAAAUCCCGAGCCGGCUGUGUGAACUGUAAGCAACGAAGAGUCAAGGUACUUCCGACGCCCCCAUUAUCAACCACCGGCUGA